AUGCUCUACGGAGUCACAGCAUGGUUUCCAAGCCUCGCCGCGACAAAACGAAACCAAGUCAUCAACGUACUCACCAAUCUACAACGACGCGCGGCAAUCAUGAUCGCCGGAGCUUUCAAAAGCAUGUCCGCAGCGGCGCUAAACGUGGAGCUUUUUCUCCUUCCGAUCCAGCUCCAGAUCGAACAAAUCAUUCAGGAAACAGCAAUCCGAAUCCAGACAGGCGCAAAGUGGGCGCAACCAUUCUGCCUAAGUACGCUUGGCAAGAGAACGGCGAAGGAGACUCGUCUUGGAGGUUUCUCUCCGCUCGAGAAACUCCGGUGGAAGAAAGAUGGAAUUCUCUUCGGCCGAGGACAGUGGGAGUCAAAGCGGGCAUUCGUUCUCCCCCCAUGGGAAAAGCGGAUUGAUUGCAUUAUACAAGACUCGGACGCUGCGAUCAAAUCACACGAUCAGAUCAUAUCAAACCAGAGGAAGAUGGUCUUCUUCACGGAUGAAAGCGGGUAUGAAGGCAAAGUUGGCGCGUCCGCGGUCGCGCCCGACCGUGGAAUUCAAGCCCGCCGAUUCCUCGGCAGCACAGAACAGGCCACUGUUUACGCUGCGGAGCUCGCUGGAAUUGAAAUGGCCAUCGAUAAGUUCAAAUUGUCCCAGAAUCAAUCCCAGAAAGGACCAAGCGAACUGGUUAUCUUCGCUGACAGUCGUGCUGCAAUUCAAGCAGUCGAGAACCCGAAUCCCCCCUCCGGCCAGCAUAUUCUCCGCGCGAUCUACGCGCACGCUCGAUCCCUUCGAACGCCCACCCUCUCGAAUCCGACGGACGAGGUCUCAAUCACAAUCCGCCGGAGUCCCGCGCACGUGGGCGUUCCGGGCAACGAGCUCGCGGAUGCUGCGGCGAAAAAUGCGGCUCUUGGAGGGGCUGAAAAUGCGGGAGAGGACGCGGGGUCGGAAGAUCAGUUUCCCCGGCUUACAGCGACGGUAAAGCAGCAAGUCCGACGGCGAAUUCAAGAGAGAUGGGCACUCUCGUGGGCGAAGGAAAAGACUGGAAAACCGAACCAAAAGCUGGUUCAAACUCCGCAUCGAAAGAUGCUGCAAUUGUUCACUGGACCUAAGCAUUACACGUCGAUUCUGGUGUAG